GCUUCUAGCAGCCGUCUGGAGGACAUUCACAACAAGGAUAUCUCAGCAGCUCUUCAGCUCAUUUAAGGAGAUGGGAAUACUAGAUACCAUCAAGGACACAAUGUCCAAAGCGGUGUUCAGUCCUUCUACUCUGAUGUCCGGACGAGGAGGGCUGCACAUGGCUCAGAUCCUUCUGUCUCUGGUCACCUUCCUCCUGGCUUCCUUCAGAGGAGGGAGCAGCCACACAUACUGGAACUACGCUAUGUUCACCUGGGCCUUCUGCCCCAUCAUGACCCUCAUCAUCACCAUUAUCGAGCUGUUCAAGCUUGACAUUCUUCUCGUGCUUUGCAUGGACUGGGGUGACUUCACCACAGGGAUGGCCAUGUCCUCCACGCUCAUGACCGUCUCUGUCGCUAUCACCUACGGCAACUUUUACGCCUGCCUGAAAUGCCUGUACGGCUGGAUAGUGACCAUAUUCGCUUUCUUGUGCGCCCUCGUCUACACGCUUGAAGUGGUGAAAGACAAAAUCCUGGACAAGAAGAAGGGGAGCUACCUGGCUGCUCUGCCUGGAUUCUGGAAGGUUAUGGAGGCCUUUGUGAGCUGCAUGAUUUUCGUAUCACUGACUGGCUACAGAGACAGACCAGUUCUGAUCUUGUGUGUCAUAGCGUAUAUCAUUCCUUUCCCCAUCCUCCCUCUCAUCAUAGCCACCAACAUCCUGAAAAAACUGAAGAAAUGCCUGCCUUUUAACCUCGACAGGUUCGUGUUCAUAUUCCUGGUGAUCUCUGUUGUGCUGUACGUAUUUGCUGCUAUCAUGUGGCCCAUUUUCAUGUUCAGAAACAACCCGCGUCCCAGUGACUGUCCUCCCAGCUUUUGUAUAUGGGCCAUUCAGUUUAUGGUUGCAUUUCUGACAUAUGUAAAUCUCAUUCUUUUCACACUAGACCUCAUUUUUACUCUGCUCGGGAUCUGUGACUUCAAACGCACAUAAACUACAAAAAUUGUACCGUUAUUUGUAUUUCAGGGCAGCUGGAUGGAUUUUGAUGAAAGAAAAAUUGUUGCUUUAAGAUAAAAUAAAUGCAUAUGUGAGGAUAGAUUCCUCAAUUUCUCAUUACAUUUUUUAGAUGCUUUAAGUUUCUAGUUUGAAUGAUUUUUUUAAAACCUGGUUUCCAGUUGGAGAACAUUGUAAUUUAUUCCUAGAGGUCAUGUCAUGACAUUUAAGUCCAUGUAGUAGCAUCAACUGCUGUACACUAGAGGUAUAGGUACAUCUUGUAAUUAUAAUAAAACUAUAAAACUACAACUCAAUAUUGACAUGAAACAUCCUCUGUUAAUUUCUUGCAGUGACACGGUGCUUCUUUGUAUUGCAAGUUUAAAUAUGCAAAUGAGAUAUUAUAUAUCUAAAAGUACCCUAAUUUGCAUGAAUUUCCACAAUAGAAAUCGAAACACUUGAUAAAGUCAGCUGCCAAAUUUGAGUUUUUUGUGACUUUGCUCACAUUUUUAUGUCACAGAUUUUACAGAGGGCAUUUUGGAUUUCUCUUUUUAACAUUUCACAAAAUACCAUCAACAGGCAGAAGAUGUUUUUUGUAUUAAAUAGAGCUUUGCGUUAGUUCAGACAGGCAUGGAGUCACAAGGCCCUUUCUGUACAAUCGUCCAGCCCACCCACGUGGUGCUCUAUAACUGAGGCAGCGUUCAUUCAUUCUGCCCACUCCACGC